CGUUUCCCCAAUAACGUAUGGAUCUUCCCCUGAAUGGCGACGGUGCCGGUGUCGAUUUAAAUAACAGUUAUUUACCCGGCAGCAUUCAGAGCCGUUCCUUCCCGGCAAUUUGCCUCUGGCUCCCGGGUAAUUUGCCGGCACAAAGAGCGGAGAAGCGUCGGGCGCCGGCAGCGGGAAUCUGUUUCGGCUUUUGAGAAAAGGAGGAAAAGUUCAGACUUGUAAACGUUAAAUCCAAGAUCUGAAACAGGGACCCCCAGAGAGAGAGCGUGACGCCUCCUGCCCAACGCCGCUAACGGGGGCCGCCUGGCUGCCAUUUUAUCAGUCCAGAUGGCAGAAAUGAUACUCGGUGCCAAUGGUAUACAGCACUGCCAGCCCUCGUUAGCAAACGUGCGCACCGGAAGUGGGGAAGAAGCAGCAGAAGAAGCAGCCGGAAGGUGUUGCUGCCAGGGAACCUGCGAUGGGCAAGAGGGAUAAGGCGGACAGAGGAGACAAAAAGAAGUUCAAGCGGCGUCACUAUGAGGAAGAGGAUGAAGAGGAAGAGGAGGUGCCCGGGGGCGAAUACCAGGAAGCCGUUCCUUCUGCCGCGGGAAAGCAAGUGGACGAAGCCGGCACAAAGCAGGAUGAGUACGGAGCCAAAGACUAUCGCCUGCAGAUGCCUCUGAAAAUGGAUCAUUCCUCUCGCCCCCUGUGGGUGGCACCCGACGGGCACAUCUUCCUAGAAGCCUUCUCGCCAGUGUACAAGUACGCUCAGGAUUUCCUGGUGGCCAUAUCGGAACCCGUGUGCAGACCCUCCCACACCCACGAAUACAAACUCACGGCUUAUUCGCUGUACGCGGCCGUUAGUGUCGGGCUGCAAACGAGCGACAUUGUCGAGUAUCUGCAGAAACUGAGCAAAACCGGGGUCCCUGAAGGGAUUGUACAGUUCAUUAAGCUCUGCACUGUCAGCUACGGGAAAGUGAAGCUGGUCCUGAAACACAACAGGUACUUUGUGGAGAGCACCCACCCAGAAGUCAUCCAAGAGCUGCUUCAAGAUUCUGUCAUCCGAGGCUGUCGGCUGCGAGACGCAGAGGGAAAUGAAACUGACCUCAUCACUGAGACCUUUCUGAGCAAAUCUGCAAUAUCCAAGGCAAGUGAAACAGCAGCCAGUGGACCUUCUACAUCCCAGGUCCCAGAGGGACAAGACAAAACAAACGUGCCGGCUGAUUUAUUUGAAUUUUAUGAACAGAUGGAUAAAGAGGAGGAGGAGGAAGAAGAGACCCAAACGGUUUCUUUUGAGGUCAAACAGGACAAUAUAGAAGAACUUCAGAAGCAGUGCAUACACUUGGAAUACCCUCUGCUGGCAGAGUACGACUUUAGGAACGACACAAUGAAUCCAGACAUUAAUAUUGAUUUAAAGCCUACAGCGGUGCUGCGGCCCUACCAGGAGAAGAGCCUGCGCAAAAUGUUCGGCAACGGGCGGGCAAGAUCUGGCGUCAUUGUGCUUCCUUGCGGGGCCGGCAAGUCCUUGGUCGGCGUCACCGCUGCCUGUACCGUUCGCAAAAGGUGCCUGGUUCUAGGUAACUCUGCCGUUUCUGUGGAGCAGUGGAAAGCCCAGUUCAAAAUGUGGUCAACCAUCGACGACAGUCAGAUAUGCCGCUUUACCUCAGACGCCAAGGACAAGCCCAUUGGCUGUUCCAUCGCCAUCAGCACGUACUCUAUGCUGGGGCACACCACCAAACGGUCGUGGGAAGCAGAGCGCGUCAUGGAGUGGCUAAAAAGUCAGGAGUGGGGGUUAAUGAUCCUCGAUGAAGUGCACACCAUACCGGCUAAAAUGUUCCGUAGAGUCCUGACCAUAGUCCAGGCGCACUGCAAGCUGGGACUCACUGCCACACUGGUACGAGAAGAUGACAAAAUUGUGGAUUUGAAUUUCCUGAUUGGUCCAAAACUGUACGAGGCCAACUGGAUGGAGCUUCAGAACAAUGGCUAUAUUGCCAAGGUGCAGUGUGCCGAGGUCUGGUGCCCCAUGUCUCCCGAGUUCUACAGAGAAUAUGUUGCCAUCAAGACAAAGAAGCGAAUUCUGUUGUACACUAUGAACCCAAAUAAAUUUCGGGCCUGCCAGUUCCUUAUUAAGUUCCAUGAAAGGAGGAAUGACAAGAUCAUUGUGUUUGCAGACAAUGUGUUUGCUCUCAAAGAGUAUGCCAUUCGGCUGAGCAAACCUUACAUUUACGGGCCCACAUCCCAGGGGGAGAGGAUGCACAUUCUGCAGAACUUCAAGCAUAACCCAAAGAUCAACACUAUCUUUAUAUCUAAGGUAGGGGACACGUCUUUCGAUCUGCCGGAAGCGAAUGUGCUGAUUCAGAUCUCAUCCCACGGUGGGUCGAGGAGGCAAGAAGCUCAGCGUCUUGGAAGAGUCUUAAGAGCAAAAAAGGGGAUGGUGGCGGAGGAAUACAACGCCUUCUUCUAUUCGCUGGUGUCCCAGGACACGCAGGAAAUGGCUUAUUCCACAAAACGACAGAGGUUCCUCGUGGACCAGGGUUACAGCUUUAAGGUGAUUACGAAGCUUGCGGGGAUGGAGGAAGAGGAUCUUGCAUUCUCCAACAAGGAGGAUCAACAGCAACUUCUGCAGAAAGUCCUGGCAGCCUCUGACCUUGAUGCUGAGGAGGAAGUGGUGGUCGGAGAAUUUGGAUCCAGGUCCACCAUGCAGGUGUCCAGACGCGUGGGGACCAUGAGCUCCAUGUCCGGAGCCGACGACGCGGUCUACAUGGAAUAUCACACGUCACGAAACAGGGGGGCGUCGAACAAACACGUGCACCCACUGUUCAAGCGCUUCCGAAAGUGAGAAGAAGCAGCUUCGGCUUUUCCAUAGCGCAAUAUGGAGUCAGGGCGGAGCCAAGGAGCGCGGACUUGUAUCUAUAUGUAUAAAGUACAUGCACAGAGCCGGCACCAGAGGAUUCUAUUGGCCAGUCCGGUAUUUCGCCCAAACUGCCACGUUUUGCUUUAUUUGUUGUUGCAAUCAGUUGAUGGACUGAUACGGUGCCUUUAUAGAGGAGGAGUUAACUUGUGUUAUGGCGGCUGCCAUGUUUGUGCUCACUCGGCACUUAAAGGGGAACUGUCAUGUAAAAAGCUGUAUAAUAUUCUUUACAAAUUAAACAUGAAACCCAAAUUAUUUUUUUCAUUAAAUCAUCCAGACCUGUUAUAAAUGUAUUUAAAAAUCUGAGCUGUCAAUCAUAUAUUGCCUGCCCCGCCUCUAUGCCUUCGGCAUAGAGGCGGGGCAGGCAAUAUAAGAUUGGCAGCUCAGAUUUUCAAUUACAAUCACUCCAACUUUCCAUUCAGCACUUCCUAGAUGGCAAAUGCAUAAGAUUUGGGGGGGGGGGGGGAUACAAAGCUUCCAUUAAUAACAGGGUACACAAAAUGGCGUCUCCCUGCUGGCUGUGACUGUAACUUCCAAGACUGAAGGGGAAACAAAUUAAAUCAUUUAUACAGUGUCAGUAAAGUUUAUUUUGUUCAACGAACAUGAUAGAAAGGGAUCUGGAUUUAUUUCUUAGGGUGACAGUUCCCCUUUAAUCAUAGGCUCAGCCUGGACAAGUGUUGCAUUUAAUAGACAUUUAAUAAAAUGGACUUUCAUUGGUG